AUGGACAAUCUUCAACAAGUAACACUAACAGCAGACGACAAACAAUGCACAUAUGUUGGAGAAGCAUUAGAAGGGGCAGACCGGGCAAGACUCAUUCACAUACUACGUGAGAACGCCGACCUUUUCGCAUGGACACCAGAUAACAUGCCUGGAAUAAACCCAGAAGUCAUCUGCCACAAGCUAGCAAUUGACAAAAUAAUCCGACCAGUUGCACAGAAGAAAAGGAACCUCGGAGAGGAGAAAAAACAAGCACCACUUGAAGAAACCCAGAAGCUCCUCAAUGCAGGCUUUAUCAGAGAAAUUCGCUUCACCACAUGGUUGUCCAACGUGGUAAUGAGCCACACAAUCAUAGUACGAACGGACCAACCGCUAAGGCAGAUAUUAACCAGACCCGAGCUCGCCGGCAGAUUGAUAAAGUGGUCGGUCGAACUCUCCGAGUUCGAUAUUCAUUACGAAUCAAGGAAAACACUGAAGUCACAGGUGCUAGCCGACUUUAUAUCGGAGAUGACUAAUGACACACAUAAUACAGAGGUCAGUUGGAGCAUACAUGUGGAUGGAGCGUCAAACAAAGAAGGCAGUGGAGCAGGGAUACUACUAAAAGAAGGAGACAAAGUGGUGGCCGAGCAGUCACUACAGUUCUGCUUCAACGCAAGCAACAAUCAGGCAGAAUACGAGGCCCUACUUGCUGGACUAAAGCUCGCCCUGCAACUACACAUACCUCGAAUAACAGCCUACUGCGACUCUUCGUUAGUGGUACAUCAAAUAAAGGGCAAAUUCCAGGUAAAAGAUCCUUUGUUAGAGAAAUAUUGGCUCAUAACAAAGGAUCUAAUUUCAAAAUUUAAAGAAUUCAAUAUUAUUCAUGUAAACCGAGAACAAAACACCAGGGCCGAUGUGUUAUCUAAGUUAGCCACAACUCGGCAAGUCGAAAACACAUCGGCACUGUCCCAUCUAACACUUGACAAACCAAGUUUUGAGCAGGAUACAAUUUUGAGCAUUACACAGGUCCCAGAUUGGCGAACACCUUUUCUCGAUUACAUCAACACAGGCACUAUGCCAAAUGAUGAACCAAACUUACCCCUCUUCCGAAGAAGAGCAAGCUUCUAUACAGUGCUCGGAAACACCCUAUACAGGCGGGGACAUUCACAACCACUACUCAAGUGCAUCAGCAAAGAGGAAGCCGAGGAAGUUAUGGCUGAAACGCAUGAAGGAGUCUGUGGCAACCAUAUCGGCGGCCGAGCAUUAGCAGCAAAGAUCUUGCGAACAGGAUACUAUUGGCCGACGAUAAAACGGGACUGCAUCACAAAGGUCAAAGCAUGUGAUAAUUGUCAAAGAUACGGUAUCCCAAGAGAAAUAAUCUCGGAUAACGGGAGACAAUUCACAGAUCAUAAGCUCGCCACUUUUCUGACAAAUUUUAACAUUAAACAUCACUUCAGCUCAGUACAGCACCCGCAGACUAACGGACAAGUUGAAUCAGCUAACAGAAUUAUCUUGCAUGGAUUAAAGAAAAAGCUCGACGAAGCUAAAGGAGAGCGGGCCGGCCUCAUUCCAGAAAUUCUAUGGAGUUACAACACCAGCAUCCAAUCUGCCACAGGGGAAACUCCCUUCAAAUUGGUAUAUGGCGCAGAAGCGCUCAUUCCAGUAGAGGUCAGCGUCCCAAUGUUAAGGACCGAGCUCUAUAAUCAACCAAAUAAUCAACAAGCUCGGACAGCCGAAUUGGACCUUGUAGAAGAAGACAGAGACGUUUUCGCCAUAAAGCAGCGAGCCAGAAAACGAUACCUAGAGCGAAGACACAACAAAAGAGUAGUUCACAGGUCUUUCAACAAUGGAGACCUCGUACUCAGACGAACAGAAGAUGCUCGAAAACCACCAGCACAUGGCAAAUUAGCGGCAAAUUGGGAAGGUCCUUUCCGAGUUCUCCAAAAUCUCGGAAAGGGGGCUUACAAACUAGAAACCCUCAGAGGAGAGCAGCUACCAGGAACAUGGAAUAUCUCCUCUCUAAGGAAAUAUCAGUCAUAA